CUUUGGCGAUCAAAGAGAGGGCAUCGCGCGCACAUUUUGAGAGCUUUCGUGAAAUCACGACGGUGAUUACGAGGAGCACAGGCCGAAGGGUGGAAUCAGCGACAAUGGCGAUGCAUCACGCCAAAAAAUGUGAUUCGAUUCGACCAGAGAUUUCUAUGUAGACUAUCUCCCACCAAUCAGUCAACGCCUGGGUGUUGGUGUUGGUUUUACCACCGCAGUGCUGGCUAUCUUUACUAUUGUACUGCACGCAGCCUUGUCUCUAGAAAUCUCUUGCAAGUAAUAGAAUCGGAUCUACUACAGGGAACAACAAAAGCGAAACGUCGUCUCGUUGCUGCUUACUCGAGUCUACGUUCAGUAUAGUUUGUUUGGAUCGUCAUAGAUAGAUAGCCAAGCCCAGUCUGCAACUUUUCUUUUUGUGUCCUUCGUUGGUUUGUGAAAUGGCGUCUCUUUCCAUAGCGAGCAAUGCUAGUCCAAAACUGGUAGAGCAUUGUUUGCGGGAGUUCAUCCAGUAUCUCAAGUCGGUCCAAGCAGAACAACUGACGGGAGGAGGCAACGACAAUGCGACCCUUACAACGGCCACAACAAGCGCUUGUGGGAGUGGCUGGGACCAGAGCGUACACAACAACAGUUGUGACCCAGGCAACAACAGUAAGACCCCAUCGUGGGACAAAAAGGCCAUUCACAGUUACAUCAAGCGGCUCAAACACUACGGCAAUCUACUCAAGAAAUACAUCAAUCGAUUCCCAAACGAGUCGGAGAAUCAACUAGCCACACAAAUCAUUGGCGCCAUAUCACAAGCCAUUCAAGACAGUCAGGAUCACGCAGGAGUCGAUGUCGUCAGCCGCAGUGUCGGUCCGCUCUUGGAAUUGGCCGUGUCCUUGUGGCGGACCGUACAAGUCAUUGAUCUCGAACGACUGAUUGAGCUACUCGAAAAGAACCGUUUGGCGGGGGAUGCCAUGGAAGGACACGAGGUCAUCUUGUUGUGUGGUGCUGCGGGGUGUGGCAAAACGACAACCUUGCACUAUUUGGCGGGAACCGUCUUUGACGAAAUCGAGGUGGACGGAUUCCUGCACAUGCAACCCAAAAGUGUCGCCGAUCCAAUAUUAGCGUCAUACGAAACGUCCAGUGGACGAGAGACUGUCACACGGACCUUGCAAACGGCACAGAUUGAAUAUCGCGGACAAACGUUGGUCUUGUGCGAUACACCAAGUCUGGUCGAUGCCGAAGGUCCGGAAGAAGAUAUCGCUCAUGGGUUGGGGAUUGCACGAGCCAUUCAAAAAGCACGGUCCGUGCGACCCGUACUGGUCGUGAGUCGCGACGGGAUGGGUGUUCGCGGGCGGUUCAGUGCCUUUUCCGAGACACUCUCGAGCAUUGCCAAUCUCAUGAAUGGUCCCGAAGGAGGCAAGGUCGAUUUCCGACCCUUCCACUUUGUCUUUACCAAGUACGAUGCCAAAAAGCACAAGACCGCCAUUAGCAAACAGUUCCAAGCGGUUUGGAAACAGCCUCACGCCGAACCAGGAAAGGUACAAAUGGUUCGGUCCUGUGUCGAUUGCAUCAUUCAAGAUACCACACCGACGGCCAAGAUUGUCACACCCUUGGAACAACAACCUGCGCAGUUGCUCGAGACAAUACUGAAUAAUCGGCAUCAUCUGCACAAACCGGUCAUGGACAAUCCGGCCGAAUCAUUUCAUCACUUUGCCAGUACAGAAGCUUUGGAAAAACUGGAUGUACAACUGCAAAUAUGUUUGGGCGAUAUGACACAAACACUGAUGCGGAAUGAUUAUGGCACGGCGCUGUACCGACUGAAACAAAUGAAGCAACUCGCAGAGCUUUUGCCGGAAGCCGGAGAAUAUGCCAAGUUGGGAGUUUCGGGCAUGUUGCGACAUGCCACCGUCUUGCAAGAACAAACCGCCGAAGCACUGCGGCGAGAAGAGUUCGAUGAUGUCAUUGACAAGCUACGAUUCCUCUACAAAUUCACUAGGGAGGUGCCGGAAGCCAUAUCGAGUGCGCAAGCUGGCCUCGAAAUGGCCGUACAACAAGUCAUUGCACCGCGAGAGAGCAUCUUACACACACUGGAAGAGAUCAGAACGGCGGUGGAUAGUACGCAGUUCAGUAUUUUGCUCAAACAACUCAAGGCGGACAUCCAAGCCGUUAUUCGGGGUGAACAGCUGCGCCUGGAAAUCAGAAGUAUCCAAGAGCGGAUACUCUGCAGCGACCCUUCCGACGGAGGAUCAAGUUCCGAAUUGAUGAAUGUCCCCUGCAUGCCACAACGGAAUGGCGACAGUUUCUGUGAAGAUCAGAUUGGGUCACUGACGGAAUUGCUCCUAACAGACAUUCCCGACUUUCAGGUGGAUUGGCGGCACAACAUGGAUGGAUUGGUUAACAAUCGGUCAGCAUUUCUCUUGGCACUUGCGAGACUCAAAGAAGUUAGCACGGUGCUAAAAGAUUCGCCCGGGGGAGCCAAAGCGGCAGAAGUCUGCGAACAAGCCUAUUCCAAGUUUUAUGGCGUUGUGGAUCAUGUCCUGUCACGAGAAGAUCAGACUUGUCGAUCGUCUCAAGACUUGAAAGUCUUUGAGCAUCAGGCGUGGUUCCUGACCCUUCUCAAAGAAGCUAGUGAGGUGUACGAGAACAGCCCCGAGGGAGCUCGAUCGUAUUUGCUGUACCAACAAGCGUUUCAUAAGUUCUAUGGGGUUGUGGAACACGUACUGUCCAAUGCCGAAAAGAACUUUCUUGCGUCCUCAAACGAUUUGGAAGCCUUUGAACGACAAGCCAGAUUCUUGGCGCUACUAAGAGAUGUGAGCGAAGCUCUGCAAAACAGCCCCGGCAGUGCUCGAGCUUCCUCGGUAUACGAGCAAGCCUUUACACUGUUCUACGCCGUUGUGGCAAGCGUCCUGUCGGAAGCCGAAAAGUCGUUCCAAUCCAAAGAUCGAGAUUUGGCUGCAUUGGAACGGCAAGCCCGGUUUCUGGCGCUUCUCAAAAACGUUAAUGCCAUCCUCCAAAAUAGCCCCGGCAGCGAAAGAGCAGCUUCGGCAUACAAGCACGCAUUUGGUCAGUUCAAUUCACUGAUAAGCAGUAUGCUCGCGGAUGUCGAGGAAGAAUACCUGUCAGAUGUUCAAGAUUGGGAAGCACUGGAGAGCAUCUGUUGGUUCUUGGCUUUGCUGAUACAGGGGAAACUCAAGUACAAGCCUGAAGUCGGAACCGAAGAAGAGAAACAAAUCAAGUCCCUGGAACAACGUCUUCUUACCCUUAUGCUGCGAACAGAAUUGGAGGUGACCGACACAAUGAAACUGAUACAAAGUAAAAAGAUCUUGAGCUUUGUCAAGACGAACGCUGAUUCCAAAGAAGAAAUCAUGACGGAAAUCCAGUUUCUGAACCUGACAGAACUCAAUGCAAGACGGAAACUGUUGGUUUCGGUGGUGGACAAGCCCAAAGUUCGCAAACUGCUCCCUAGCAAGAUUGUCCCCGACGAGAUCAUUGCUUCCUUGUCCCAUUUGGAUAAACAGCUGGCCAAGUUCUUUUCAGGCCAAGUUCUUACUGCGGUUCAGGAGUACAACAUGGUUGUCGAGCUGCAAAAGAAGGGGAAGAAGCUACUUGUGACGAGGCAAAUUGCUGUGGCACUCCGCAACAACAUUGUCAUGGCAAAAGAAGACUUUACAACGGUUCGGGGUUGGUCGAAAGAGCUGGCAGUAAAGACCGAAUCCAACUGGCGCAGACUGGGCGCAUUGAAGAAGUGUGUCGACCUGGGGAUUACCAAGUUGGACAAGAUGAUUGCCAAAGAGCGCGGUGGAUAUGACUUUAGCUGUGGGGCCCUUAGCUCCCUUCCAGAGCCCACGUUUCUGUCAUUUUGUCGAUCAUCAUUAUAGCCUACGUACCUGGGAAUGAGGCAUCACACUCAGGAAGCAUAAUAUCUCAAUUGAUGCCUCCACUCCAUUCAGCCAGCCAUGCAUGCCAUUGAACUGCAGACGGUAGGGAUCACCACAGGGAUGGGGAUUGAUUCCUGUGACCUGCCGAAGAGUUUCUCAGUUCAGAGAAGGAACGGAUUCACUAGCUAGUGCUCGAGAACGAUGAAUGUAAAACUAAUAGAUCCAAUUCAGAAACUAGGUGUAGAAUAGCUAUACGAAAGAUGUAGAGUAGUUGCCCGAACAAAC